CGGAAGGUGGAAAAGGCUUUUUAGAGACGGAAGCGGGGCGACUAAGUGGCCGUGCUCCGCCACAUGACAUUCUGUAUGUAUGUAGCACGGACGGUGGUCUCGAUACAUUCAAAAUCAUGUUGAAUCUGUCCGAAUGAAUCUGAAUCUGGAGCGAGGCGCUGAGUGGCGGAAGGCACUCCCCGCGUCGAACAUGCGACGACGAGAUCUCGACAUCGAUAGCGCCAAGGUUGGGACUUGGAUGGACGCUGACGGCAUAUACUCCUCACACCAGGACUGUUUCGACUGAGAUCUGGACGUAAUUGCGGUCAUAUACAUUCAGCGCCGGCUGUAAUAAUACAGUAAGUGCCAGGCACAUCCAUCCCUGGAAGGUCCUAGUGUGAGUACGCCCUGGCUGUGUUCUGAGCGCCAAGCCGUCAGAUCGCAAUGGCUGAAGAUGAAACUUCAACAGUCCGAUCGUGCCUUCGAUCGUUGGCCGGAUCUCGAACUUCCGUCGUCCGAUCUGAGGCUGAGAAUUCCAUUCCAUCCGUCGAUUACAAUGGUGAAAGGGUUUGGGGAGAGGAGGAGGAGGAGGAGAGUGUAGAGAGGAGAGAAACGAGAUCUUCCAAUCUUGUGACAGGGACGACAACGACAAGUGGUGGCAUCUACAUUGAAGAGGCUGACGUGGAGAAGACAGCGCACACGUAUGUGAGUACCGCACCGGUCGAACCGGAGUCUCAAGUCGCGUUCACCACUUCUUGCAUGGGUGGUGAGGCCAAGCAAUGGGUGUUGGCCGAGGCCAAUGCUGCGGGUUUCGAAGACAUCGGUGAGUGGGCGAAGACUCUGACGCUGAAACAGUUCUUGGCGAAAACCAGGGACCGUUUUCUCAACAAGACGACAGCCGACAAGACCUUUGACCAGUUGACGUCAAUUGGUCAAAAGCAUUGGACGUCAGUUGAGGCUUUGUCCCGAGAAGUUGACCGAUUGUUGCAGGUUCCUGGAUUGAACCUGCAGGACAACCAAGUGUUGUACAUCUAUUCCCGCGCGUUGCCUGAGCCCAUCCGGGGACACUUAGUCACUGAAGCGAAAUCCGGUAAGUACAACUACAGACAAUUYCGUGACCUUGCCCUGCAGAGGGAACAAACGACUUCCCAAGUCAAAAAUUCCUAUGCAGCGGUAGUGAAAUCUGGAGGAGGAGGAGGUAGACAAUACAAUGGAAAACGAGUUCUCUGGCGACAGAAGCGCCAAGACCACACAUUUGUCGUCUUCAAUGACGACACAGUGGAAAAUUGGCCGAACGAGGAGAAUGAUAACAUCAGUGACUCCGGGAAGGGGGAAGUCACUGCUGUUGUGGCCAAUAAGGGAGGACCACCCAGGACAGGAGGGAAGAAACAAAGAGCGUUUCCAUGGCACCCUGGCAUUGCUGAUGGGAAGCCAUGGGUCGAAAUGGGUAUGACUAGAAAGACUUGGCAGGAGCGCAUGGACAAUGCGCAAUGUCUCAAGUGCGGCACAGCGGGACAUGCGAAGACUAAGGGCGAGUUGUUGUUUGCAGAUDUUGAGAUCGCACGAWCGCGAGUUGGUGCAAUGUUGGACCCAGGAUCAACGAGGUCCUACAUCUCCGAGAAGGCAAUCCGUAAGUUGCAUCUCGGCAUGAAGGUGUCAGCGCUGUGUCCUCUACCAGUGUUGGAGCAUGUCAGCAGACUGCUGCGGUGGCAGCAUCUGCAGAAGACGUCAGUGAGUUUGCCGUGGCUGGAGCCGUCUCUUCCUAUUCUUGCACCAGAGAGUCCCGUUCACAAUUCCCGAGAGCCACAGCCGUUAAGUGGAGAGGAGGAAGCAGAUCUGCAGAAAUGCAUGGACCGCAUGCGGAGCAUUUGUCGUGCGUGCGCUUCUCAAGGCAAUGGAGCUGGCUUGCCCUUGCUCAUAGAUGCAGAGUACCUGUCCAUUCAGCCAGCAAUCGACUACAUCGCCUCAGUGUGUAUGAGAGAGUUCAACAAGUCGAAACCCGGAAGCAGCGGCACCUGGCGAGGAGCGGACCCUCCUCUUGUCCACACAACGGUUCAGGCUUACCUCCGUGAUGCUACCGCUCGGCUCCGCUGCGCUCUCGAAGGAGCGGAGAAAGCGGGAAUGAGGUAUGGUGUAAAACUCGUACGGGGCGCAUAUAUGAGCAAAGAGAAUGCACUUGCGCAAUUGGCCGGCGUUCCUUCGCCAAUACAUCCCUCCAUCGAGCGAACGCAUGAAGUUUACGACACCUGUGCGGGGAUGGUGAUCGACUGUGUCGUGAACACGCACAGCGGCGGUCCCGCUCUCCUUCUUGCUACCCACAAUGCGACGUCUGCGGCGAAGGCGGCUGAGAGAGCCAAGGACCGACUCUUGCCUACAGGAGACGUCAGAGUGCAGUUUGCGCAGCUCAAGGGCAUGGCCGACCGGUUGUCGUUUGCCUUGGCCAAGGGAGGACACUCAGUCACCAAGUACGUGCCGUUUGGAAAAAUUGAGGAGGUCUUGCCCUACCUUGUGAGAAGAGCAGAGGAGAACAAAGGAAUUGUGGGCAAUACUUCCGAUGAGAGAGCGGCGCUCUGGUGGGAAAUUCGGAGGCGGCUCUCACCUUUCUCUUCUCGCUAUGAUCGACGGACGGGAGGAAAACGAGGAUAAGGGCCUAGGGACUACCAAGUGAAAUGUCCCCCUGAGAAUUCUCGCUGCUAAAAUGGAUCAGGUCCCACUGGAAAAUGCCAACGCUAAA